AUGGCUACCAAAACGGACUUUUCAACACCGGACAUACCCAUGUCCGAGGCAACCUUCUAUGUCUCAUCCUGCACACGCAUCAACGCACCAGCGUCUCUAGUCUUUCGAACACUACGUAACACCGAGACGUGGAAAGAUUGGAAUCGCUGGAUCCCCCGAGUGACAAUCACAUACCAGCCCGACGACGAGGACGACGCCACUGUAGCCGAGAUCGAAGAGCUUGUUCGUAACACAUCCAUCGCCGUCAGCUACGACUCGGAAAUCACAGAUGGCGCGGCCAACCCUAACAAGCCAGCCCAGAAGAAACCCUUGCCUCCUGCCGUGAACGAACUGCAAGACGACGGCCAGGGUAGAAGAAGUUCUGACGGCUUCCUCUUCCCGCCUGUCACACGACAACGUCUGGCCAGCAACGCGGGCAGACGCCUCUCCGAGCAAAUAGGACGCCCAAGCACAGACAGCACCCACUCACGGCCCAUGUCUCCAGCGUCAAACGGUCUGUCGGGUGCGCAAAAGUACCAAGCCGCGCAAGAGGCGCGCAAAUCAUCACUUUCAGCCGAAACUGGCGACACAGGGAAGGGCGGUGCGGCAGUCAUGCUCGAAGCCCCAGGCGACUCGUCGAUAUUGGUGCCCGCACCACGCAACACUGCGUCCACGGCGCUAGCGCUCUCGCACCGCAAAGACAAGACGUCACAGGAAGCCCGGCGCAAGAGCUCCAGUGCCCGCCGACAACUGAACAUAAAUGCAUUGUAUGGCGAACCCAACGUACGCAUCCAAGUCGGCACGAAGAUGACAUUCCACGUCAAAAUGAAACUUCCCCAUUUCCAGGAGGUGCGCGAGAUGAACAUGGUGGUAAGCGAAGUGUCUCGACCGGACGAUCCGCUCGAUGAGCCCGAGCCGGGCAGUCUCGCGCGCGCCAAUACACAUACGGUCUCGAAAAGCGGGGUUUAUAGGCUGGUUUGGGGGAUGGCGAACACGUAUAAUCCGCCCAAGAGUUUUCCCAAGUUCUUGUUGCAGGCGCAGCGGGUGCAUGAGAUUCGGCCUAUAGUGCAGGGUGAUGGGAAGGAGGUCUGUGAGUAUUGGGAUUGGGAGUGCCAGAAGGGCAUGUUGGCGAAGAAAGUUAAGAAGGAUUAUGGUCCUUAUAUUCAGGAACGGAUGAAGGAAUGGGGUGAACGGUUGGGACAGUUUUGCGAGAGUAUGGGAGGAGCGGUGGAAAGGAGAGAUUUCAGCGUUGCUUGA